AUGCCGCCGCUGUUCUUGUUCGUGAAUAAGGAUGCUGCCAGCGUGUCGUUGACCCGCAGCAACGCUGCUGAACAAACUUCCAUCAACUCGCAUGUACAGCGUGGCCGUCGACAUAGACGCUCCGCCACCAGCGCCAGCCGCGCUGGUAACAGGGGCAGGAAGACUCCCGGCCGGGAGAAAGCUACUGAUACGACUGACCCAGUGUUGCCCGCCCCGGACCCGAAACUGCAUCGAGCACAGCACAUUGUUGACCAGGCAGUAUUGGAUGUUCCGGAAGCCCCUGUUGCCGCUGACUCCAUUCAGCCAACCAAGGCAGGGAACCUUCACCAUGGCGUCGGUCAUCAUACGGAGCUCCCGGCUCGCCCAUCUCCUCGCAACGACGCUGCCGAGGUGACAGCCUCGAGAAAUCCUGCACCAAGCGUUCGUGCUAGAAGGACAACCCCUGCAGCGAAGACAGAGAAACAAUCAUCUCGAUCGCCCGUCACCGAAAAGUCAAUUGCGCUCCUGAACUCCCCUCACACGCCGACGCCUCGAGAUAUCAGUCAGGUCACAUCCUCGUCCCUGGACCCGUUCGGCCAGUCCGUUGUCAAACUCGACUCCCAUGUCGCGAAACUUUGUCGCUACUUCUGCGAAAGCUUCCACCCCAGCGUCUGGCAUGCAGAAAGCUGGGCGUCACGCGAACACUCUUACACGUAUCAGACAUCGGCAGUGGAGGUGAUACAACGGGCCAUGCAGAGUGAGGUGGAGAUGAAUGCCAUGUUGGCCUGCAUGGCUGCAAGAAUCGAGAACGUGGAUUUGGUGCCCGGCCAAGGAACGGACAGAUAUAUGGGCAAUGCCUUGGUGGCGGUGAGAAAACGGUUCAGCUCAGCCCCGAAGCAUCAAUUGCUUCUGAUUGUCUUCCAUCUCUAUGCCGCGGAUGCCUACCGCCAAAACUAUCAGGCAGCAAAGAUACACAUGCAGGCUGCAAAAGCUCUGUUCGACUCGUGGGGCGGCCUCGACUACGUACCAGAUCCCGCGCUGAAAGAAUUAUUCAUCAUCGGCGACGGGCACAUGUCCGCUGUUCUGCUGGAGCCGUGCAGUCUACCCUGUGAAAAUGACCCUGGCCCGUAUUGGAUGGUCACGCCCCCCGAGCUCCAGCUUGCACCUCAGCAAGACCUGAGCAGCAUUGCACCGAGCUUCCAACAACUCUGCCGUGAAGGUUAUUUGCCGGAAGAACUGGUUGAAGCAAUCCAAGAGACGGCGGAGUGCGCGUGGGUAUUAUUGUACGCGCCGUACGGAGCACCAGGGGCGUCGAAAUACGCGGCCAGAUGGCUCCAGUGGCGACACGCUGCUGUACGAUAUCGACUGCUCGCAAUGGAUUAUACCGGAUCAAGCCUCGACGCGAUUCGGGUUGGGUUGUUGAUGUGGAUACUGACAUCAAUGGUGAUUCUGGGCCUAAAGCGCCUAGGAGGCUUGAUUGCGCCGAAGUUGCGUAAGAUUCUCCUGUCCAUGGAUGAGCCGCGUCUUCAAUGGCAAGGACUGGUGCAAGCCAAGACUUGGGUUCUUACCAUCGGCGCCAUGUGCUCAAUGGUGGGCAGCGAGGAAGAACGGUGGUUUGUCGAUCAGUUGUUCGAGAUUGGCUUUGCUGAACAUAUCCGAUGCGUUCGGGAGACUCACCUGGAGCUGGACACGAGUGAUGUCCUGAGCAAUUUCGAGGCAAACUUCUUUUAUUACGAUGCCAUCCAGAGGCCGAGAUUGGAAAGGCUAGCACGUCUUAUCAGCGGAGGACCGAGUGAAACACCGAGUUCUGCGUCGCAGAGCAGCCCGAGCGACGCAUCAUGGAAGUCCAGAUCUCCCACUUGA